AUGGCGCCCCUAAUCCGAGUCAUCGGAUCCCUCAAUGCCGACAUGGUGUCCGUUACACCCCGAUUUCCUUUCCCCGGCGAGACGAUCACCGCCUCAUCAUACUUCCAGAGCGCAGGCGGCAAGGGUGCCAACCAAGCCGUCGCAUGCGGGCGGAUGUCCCGAGCAAAGCCCCAAGCCGACUCAGAAGGUCUCCACACUGAGAGUGACGUCCAGGUCGAGAUGGUCGGUGCCGUAGGCGCUCGAGACGGCCACUUCUCUGCGCUCCUUAAGCCAACCCUGGAGAAAUCUGGCGUAGACCCAUCCCGGGUCCGCGUAAUUGAGGAUGCAUACACUGGUGUAGCAGUGAUCAUCGUCGACUCAUCUGCCGGAGGCGAGAACCGCAUUGUGUUCUCCCCCGGUGCAAACUACCAGGGUAUGCAGCCAACACCCGACGUUCUAAGCAUGGCCCUCGCAGCACCUGUGCCAGAUGUUAUCGUCAUGCAGGGCGAAAUCCCCGUUGACACGGUAAUCUGGUUCUUGCGAGAGAUCGCAACAUUCAAGACUAAGAACCGCACAGCUGGCAAGCGCGGCAUUGAGCGUGGUCCUGACGUUAUGCUGAAUCCGGCGCCGGCUCCACCGGGAGGUCUCCCCGAAGAUGUCUAUUACGCCGUUGAUCAUUUGAUCUUGAACGAGACAGAAGCAGAGUUGAUGACCCCUCCGACCGAACAAUUGCUCCGCAUUGUUCCAGACGCCGAUAAGCUAGACAGCAAGGAGAAGGUGGCGCGAUACUUCCACAAGUUGGGCGUCACCUACGUUUUGAUUACGUUGGGGGCUAAGGGUGUCUGGUACAGUGCUACAGAUGGUGGAACCUCUGGACCCAGCGAUGGGGUGCGGCGCUUCACGAACGAGCUCCCCGCAGCCCCUGUGUCUCAGGUGCUGGAUACCACCGCUGCGGGCGAUACUUUUGUGGGGGCGUAUGCCGUGAAGAUUGCGAGGUGGCGCGAACAACGCCGCGCUGAGGGCAAGUCUGGGAAGGAUAUUACAGAUGAGGAGAAGCCGUACCGCUAUAAGACUGUUAUGGACGAGGCUAUGCAGCUGGCUGCGCGUGCGUCCGCUCGGGCCGUGGAACGGCUGGGUGCAAUGGAUAGCAUUCCGUUUGAGGAUGAAGUUUGA